AAGUAGCGGAAUCUGAUUCAGCAGUUAGCAGCUGGCUGGGAAAGGUCCUCUCCAGGAAGGUAAACUAGACGCUACCCAGGAGCUGUGGCAGUGCCACGUGUGCAAGGCUCUGACCUUUAACACCAGGAUGAACAAGAGGAUCCUGGAAGGCUUUGCAGCUGAAUUCUGCAUCCGGGUACUGCUGCUAGGAAUCUUUCUGUUGACAGAAAUGAUGCACCCUUUCCAACGAGUGAUACAGCCGGAGGAAAUGUGGCUUUAUAGAAAUCCAUAUGUGAUCUCUGAUCGGGUCCCCACUAACAGUAUGUUUCUGAUCUCUUUCCUGGCACCUGUUUUGGUCGUGGUCAUCGCACGUAUUUGCCGCCGGGCGGAUCACACGGAUACAUGGGUAGCCAUACUUGCCGCCAGUCUCUCUCUUGCCCUCAAUGGCAUCUUUACCAAUACAAUAAAACUCCUAGUUGGAAGGCCUCGUCCAGACUUCUUGUUCCGCUGUUUUCCAGAUGGCCGAGAAUCGCCCAGACUCGAUUGUACAGGUGACCCGGAAGUGGUGAUUGAAGGGAGAAAGAGCUUUCCCAGUGGCCACGCCUCAUUUGCCUUUGCCGGGCUGGGCUUCACCGCUCUGUAUAUAGCUGGGAAGCUUGGAAGCUUUUCCCCCAGUGGUCGUGGACAUUCCUGGAGACUGUGCACUUUCCUGUUUCCCCUGCUCUGUGCUGUAGCCAUCGCACUGUCCCGCACCUGCGACUACAAGCAUCACUGGCAAGAUGUGUGUGUUGGUGCUAUUAUUGGACUGUUUUUCGCCUGCCUUUGCUACAGACAGUAUUACCCCCCACUGACCGACAGAGACUGUCACCAACCCUACAGGAGCAAGGGACGAGUUUCUGGGGCUCAGGAGAGGAAGCUGAGUACUGCAGGGUACAGUCUGGAUGUGUAACCACACAAAGGGAUAGAGAUGACUUUACAUUCCUUAUAUAUGGACUUUUAAUCUUCUGCCACAAUGCAUGGCAGCCGCCUCUUAUAGCACCGAGGUAACGUCUGCUUUCUCAGGAGCAUAUAAUGGUUUUUAUUAGUAGUGUUAAUAUUGUCACACUGGACUGAAUCAAGUUGUGUGACUCACUUGAAGGACAUAACCUGUGACUGGGCCAAGCUAUAGUCUCUAUAGCAGUACCGGAUAGUAGUGUUGAGUUUGGUUGCCUAGUUAGGUGCUAUCUGCAUUGGGGGAAACGUAGCAUUCCAGUGCUAAGAAACCAUGCAUAUUUUAUAACAUGUCGUUACACAGUGUUGGAAUUCUAUUUAACCUGACGGCAGGAUAAGAUCACUAAAUACUGAAUGUGUCUCUUGCUCCUCUCUGCUUUCAGGCCAUGGAGGUGUGCACAGAACUGUAGGUACUGUAAUUGCUGUUAUGGGCACCGCACACUCCACACAAAGCUGCCAGUGCAUAACUGAAUUUGCCCUGCGUUGUCCAAUGAUCUUCUCAUUUCAAGAAAGGGUAGACUUAGUGUUGGUUAUACGUGAUGUCCUUGCUGCUGAAAAGAUCAUACAGUGCUGAGGAAAAAAUAAAUAAAUAAAUUAUAUAUAUAUAUAUAUAUAUAUAUAUAUAUAUAUAAAUGUCCAGUAAUCUGACUGCAGAUUAAGAUGGCCAUACAGAUUUCAGACAGGCAGCCAAUGUUAGUGUAUGUGACUUGCUAAACACCUACAAUAUCCUUAAACGGGAUGUAGUUAUGUGACUGGAGGUCACAUUACCUCCCGCUAUAUCCCGCACCCUCACAAUCCCGACGGUUGGCAUGCAGACCAGCAGGGACUAACCGAGCCCGCAGAGUGGUGAGCGUAGCGAGCCCGCAAGGGGCUUGCUAUGCUCGCUCCCCCCUCCGCCAGCAUUCUGCGCCCAGGAUCCCGGCUUCGGGAUGCUGACUGCCGGGAUCCCGAUACACACCCUCCUUAAACAGUCCAAUUAUCUGAUGGUUUAUCAGAUAGGGUAGAUGUAUUAAGCCUGGAGAAGUGAUAAAGUGGAAGGUGAUAACGCACCAGCCAGUCUGCUCCUAACUGUCAUUUAUUCAAACCCAGCCUGUAACAUGGCCGUUCAGAGCUGAUGCGUUAUCACUUUUCACUUUAUCACUUCUCCAGGCUUAAUACAUCUGCCCCAGAGAGAUAUCUAAGCAUAAAUGAUCACAUUGAUCGUCAAUACUGUAGGAUUUCUCAUAUCUGGUCAUCACCAGACAGUAUUAUCCUAACGCAGAGGUUCCCAAACGCGGUCCUCAAGGCACCCCAGCAGUCCAGGAUUUAGGUAUAUCCAUGGCUCAGCACAGAUGGUUAAAUCAAAUUGACUAAGGUGCUAAUUAAGUCACCUGUGUCCAAGCAUGGAUACAUUUAAAACCAGGACCGUUGGGGUGCCUUGAGGACUGAGUUUGGGAACCUCUGCCCUAACGUUUUCCUCAUAUGGGUACCCUAUCACGCUUUGUAAAUGUGGGGUCACUCACAUAUGUAAGAAAGGAGUCCCCUCUUUCAAACUAUGUGGCCCCCUUAGCAGCUAUUAUCUAGUGAUCUCCUGAACAUAUAGCCCAGCGUGAGAAAAUAUAUAGCGUUCCAUAGAUAGAAAGCUAUUUUCUCUCCAAUGCUGGCACACACAAACCCUGGACACCCUGAUUUGAAAGAGGGGAGUCUCCUCUCUCAAACAAUGUGCAUCUCUAGUGGUUACUGCCUGAUCACUAGACAAUAUCUGAAACGGUAUACAAAAUAUAAAAUUUCCCAUAUACUGAGGUAUAGAAGGCCAUAUCCCCCCCCCCCAGUCUUGCACAAAUAAAAAAAGUGAUAACUCCUUCAAUGGGGUCAAUCCAAUUGUGUGCGAGUUUCUCUCACACGUAAGUCAUCGCAGCAGUAGCUACACUUUACGGUGGCCUGAACUCGCACAAAAGUGCUCGCUGCCCCAUAGGGCUAAGAGCAAUUUUGUGCAAAUUCGGGCACAAAUCAGGCUGCAAGUUCUGGUGUCACUGCCGGCAUUGAAAAGCAACAGCAACUCGCACCCACUGCAUGUAAUUGGAUGGACCCCAAUGUGUUAGGUUAUCUUGUUUCUAAACUGACUUUUUGGGCUACUACAUUCUUCUUACACAUAUGAAGUGUUAACUGAUACUGUGAAAAUGUGUAUGUGAGGGGGGAGCAAUUUUCAAGCAAAGUGUAGAGUUUCUUUGAUAAAACCUACACAGAAAAUCCUGCUUUUUACUGUUUUGGAAAGGUGAGUUAUUGGCAAAACAAAAACUACAAAGUGUUUUUGAGGUACUUGUAACACCGUAAUAAAAAAUUUGCUUUAUAUUGAAA